UUUUCUUUUCACUGUGUGUGCCAGUGUGCAGUGUGUUUUUUUUGUUUUUCAUUGAAAUUUUUGUAUUUUUUCAUCAGAAUCAGAAUAUUCCAAAAUGGGUGCAUACAAAUAUAUGCAAGAAAUAUGGCGACACAAACAAUCUGAUGUUAUGCGAUUUUUGCUUCGUGUACGUACCUGGCAAUAUCGUCAAUUGAAUGUCAUAACUCGAUGUCCAAGACCAACACGAACGGAGAAAGCUCGCCGACUUGGCUAUAAAGCUAAACAAGGUUAUCUUAUUUAUCGUGUUCGUGUUCGACGUGGUGGCCGAAAACGCCAAGUUCCAAAAGGUGCCACAUAUGGCAAACCAAAGAACCAUGGUGUCAAUGAAUUGAAACCGAAACGAAAUUUGCAAGCCAUUGCUGAAGAACGUGUUGGCCGUCGUGUUGCCCAUGCUUUGCGAAUUUUAGGAUCCUAUUGGGUUGGACAGGAUUCUACUUUUAAAUUUUUUGAGAUCAUUUGUAUUGAUCCUUUCCACAAGGCUAUCCGUCGUGAUCCAAAGAUCAAUUGGAUCUGUAACGCUGUACAUAAACAUCGUGAAUUACGUGGUUUGACUAGUUCAGGCAAAAAACAUCGUGGCCUACGUGGUUCUGGACAUGGUUAUUCCAAACUAAUUGGUGGAUCACGACGUGGAAAUUGGCGCAGACGAAACACAUUACAGCUUACGCCGAAAACGAUAGAAUCGAUAUAUUGGUUUUUUCAAAAAAAAAAUCUAUUCGAUUUAUCAAUCCUCCCAAAAAAAAAAAUUUGA